AUGCUGAAAUGUGAUAAAAACAGAAUAGCACAUAAUCGAACAAGACGACAGUUGAUUGAAGUGAAACGAUCGGUAGCUGAACAGUCGCAGAUGUUAUCAUCAUCCGAGGGAAGUAGCAAUCAAUGGACUGUACACAUUGAACAAAAUACAAUUAUUUCUAAAGUUGUUCUCGAGACAUCCUGCAAGCGUAUUCAUCGUCACUGUGCUGAAACCGGUCUGAAAUUAAUGGGUUUCCAAGGACUACGUGGUUCACCAGGACGACAGGGCAUUGCUGGACUUUCCGGAAAAAGAGGUCAACAGGGUAAAGUUGGUCCAAUUGGAUUGGUCGGCAAUGUGGGCAAGGAAGGAGAGCCAGGCGUUGAUGGCCGAUGUAACUGCUCAUUUCCGGAUCUAUACAUACAACAGAUCACUGUACCCGGACCACCCAUUAUUCAGGUCGAAGAAAAAACUAUACCGAUAACAAAGAAACUGACUACAAUUCAUUUUCGUCCGUCCACUAGCAGUUCAACACGUGUGGGAAAAACAGAUUUAUCGACGAUGCACAUUUUAUCCAAAUUAACAACGGUAGCAAAAACUACACCAAAAAUGUUGAAAAAACCAAAACUGCCGCCAUCUGAAUCAACCUCAUCAUUAUUACCUUUAAAAGAGGAUUACGUAACGAUGAAAGAAGAUUUUAUCGAAUAUUCUUCCACGACAAUUGAGCCAUAUAUUGGCCCACCAACACUUGGCUAUAACAAACGAGUUUGCCUUCUGAAUGCUAUCGGUAUUCCGGUACUUCAUGCUGAAUCACAAUACAGUGCUGUUGGAUCGUGGAUGCGUGACAAUUUACCUUUCAAUCAAGAAAUGGCAGAACGACGAUGGGUUACAGAUGAUUAUGCUUCACCGGUUCUUUAUGAAUAUGAAAACGAGAGACAGCUAAUGAAUAAAAAACAAAAAAUCAAAUAUUACAUAGACUAUUUGGCAUCCGGUACAGGUAAUAUCAUCUAUAAUGGUUCAUAUUACUAUCAUCGGCAUAGUUCAAGUAUGCUAGUUAAGUAUGACUUAGAUUCAACUGAAGAAACACAGAUGGAUUUGGGUGACAUUUCAUAUGUAGACUGCUCCAGAAAGCAAGAUCAUACAUUUGAGGUAUGA